UGUGUAAGGGGUAGGGGCUGCUGGGUGGCACAGGAGAGCUGUGGGUGCUGUGGCUCAUGCAGAAGAGGGUGCAAGGGAGGGGAGAGGUGCCAGGGAGAGAGGGUGACACAUAUAUUUGUGCAGCAGGAGGGAGACACACCCUGGAGCUGAUGUAAAGCUGAGGAGGAGCCUGAAGUAUCUGCGUUGCUGCUGCUGCUGAUUUUCCUCUGCCCCCUCCCUGCUGCUCCCUCAGCCUCUGAGUCCUGCUGCCUGGGUGUGACUGCUGCUGCUGCUGCUGCUCUGUGAGUCUGUGCCAGGGUUUUCUGACUGUGCGACUCUGCAGCAGCCGCUGUACUAAAUCGCCCUGUGUGCCCCUGCCCUGUGCCAACAUGAGUGGGGUCGCCGACAGACUGGCCAAGGAGCGGGCACUGGCCAAUGGCUUUGGCACCAAUGAUAAGGCUCUGCCCUACCUCAACCAGGACUAUGAGGCUCUGCGCAAUGAGUGUCUUCAGUCCGGCUCUCUGUUUAAGGAUCUCAGCUUCCCGGCCAUCCACUCCUCCCUGGGAUUCAAAGAGCUGGGCCAACACUCAAGCAAAACCCAAGGGGUCGUGUGGAAGAGGCCGACGGAGCUGUGCUCAACCCCUCAGUUUAUCUCUGGUGGAGCGACAAGGACUGAUAUCUGCCAAGGAGCCCUGGGUGACUGUUGGCUUCUGGCAGCCAUCGCCUCCCUCACCCUCAAUGAACAGAUUCUCUCCCGGGUCGUUCCAAAGGACCAGAGCUUUCAGGAGAACUAUGCAGGAAUAUUCCACUUCCAGUUCUGGCAAUACGGUGAAUGGGUGGAUGUUGUCAUUGAUGACCGUCUGCCAACCAAGGAUGGGAAGCUGCUUUUUGUGCACUCAGUCGAAGGGAGUGAAUUCUGGAGUGCGCUCAUGGAGAAGGCUUAUGCCAAACUCAAUGGAUCCUAUGAAGCUCUCUCGGGUGGGUCCACCACUGAGGGGUUUGAAGAUUUCACAGGUGGACUUGCAGAGUGGUAUGAACUGAGGAAGGCCCCACCUAAUCUGUUCAAGAUUAUCCAGAAAGCUCUAAGAACUGGAUCUCUACUGGGCUGCUCUAUAGAUAUCACCAGUGCGGCCGAGACAGAGGCCAUCACCUUCCAGAAGCUUGUGAAGGGUCAUGCCUACUCUGUGACUGCAGCAGAAGAGGUGCAAUAUAGAGGGAGCCUGGAAAAGCUGAUUCGAAUUAGAAAUCCAUGGGGGGAGGUGGAAUGGACUGGAGCUUGGAGUGACAAUUCCAGUGAGUGGAAUUCUGUGGAUCCGGAGGUGCGAGAAAGGCUGAUCAAGAGAUGUGAUGAUGGAGAGUUCUGGAUGUCCUUUAAUGACUUCUUGAGAAACUAUUCAAGACUAGAGAUCUGCAAUCUGACCCCGGACACUCUGGCAUCUGAUAAAUACAGUAAAUGGAGCCUUACCAAGAUGGACGGCACGUGGAGACGGGGCUCUACAGCUGGUGGAUGCAGGAAUUUCCCAGAAACCUUCUGGAUGAACCCCCAGUAUGUGAUUAAGCUGGAUGAGGCAGAUGAUGAUCCUGAUGAUAAUGAGGAAGGCUGCACCUUCAUUGUUGGUCUGAUACAGAAGAACCGCAGGAAGCAGAGAAAGAUGGGAGAGGACAUGCAAACCAUUGGCUUUGCCAUCUAUGAGGUGCCACCACAGCUCACUGGCCAGAAAAACGUGCGCCUGACCCGAGAUUUCAUUCUAAGAAACAAGAUUCGGGAAAAAUCAGACACCUUUAUCAACCUACGCGAGGUUCUGAACAGAUUUCGGCUGCCCCCAGGGGAAUAUGUCAUUAUGCCUUCCACAUUUGAACCCCACAAAGUUGGAGACUUCUGUCUGCGGGUGUUCUCUGAAAAGAAUGCUGAGUCAAAAGUUCCUGAUGAUGAAAUCAAGGCUGACAUUGAUGAGGAGGUUAAUGAAGAUGCCAUUGAUCCCACCUUCAAAAGGAUGUUCCUGGCGCUGGCUGGAAAUGACAAAGAGAUCUCUCCGCAUGAACUCUUUAACAUCCUGCAGAAAGUCAUAUCAAAAAGAGAAGACAUAAAAUCCGAUGGCUUCAGCAUGGAGACCUGUAGGACCAUUGUUGACCUGCUGGAUUCUGAUGGUUCACGGAAACUUGGCCUUAAGGAGUUCAAUAUCCUCUGGACAAAAAUACUGAAGUACCAGAAAAUAUACAGCAGUGUGGAUAGGGACCGCUCAGGCACCAUUAAUUCAUAUGAGAUGCGGGGAGCCCUGGAAGCUGCAGGGUUUAAGGUGAACGACACGAUUAACAAUCUGCUGGUGGCUCGCUUCGCAGAUGACGGCCAGACCAUUGACUUUGAUAACUUUGUGAGAUGCCUCCUGCGCCUGGAGAUUAUGUUCAAGAUCUUCAGUCAGCUGGACACUGAGAAGACUGGAGUUGUGCCUCUCAAGAUGGACACUUGGCUUUCCCUGACUGUGAUCUGAGGCACCGAUAUCACACCGAGGAGGCCGAGAACCACUGCCCAUCAAGGAAAUACCCGACUGAUGAUAAACAUUUCUGAAAUAUGUUAUUAUUGGGAAUCUGGUGCCUUAU